UGUGUAGGCGAGUCACGUGCGGACAGUCCGUUGAUCUCGUUUCGUUUAAGCAGUGAAUCUAUCCUGUUUGUUCAGUUGAUUUGGGCCCGUUUCAUGUUGUUUUCAAAACAAUAUUUCGUGUAGAUUUAUCUAUCUUCGCCGAAGAAUGAGCGACAACGAUGAUAUCGAGGUCGAUAGCGAUGCAGACAAGCGGGCACACCACAAUGCGCUGGAGCGCAAACGAAGGGACCACAUCAAAGACAGCUUUCACAGCCUCCGGGAUUCAGUUCCCGCCUUGCAAGGGGAAAAGCAGUCUAUCAAACAGGCAUCCCGAGCUCAGAUUUUAGACAAAGCCACAGAGUACAUCCAGUACAUGCGACGGAAAAACCACACACACCAGCAGGACAUUGAUGACCUGAAGAGGCAAAAUGCUCUGCUGGAGCAACAAGUACGGGCACUGGAGAAAGUCAAGGGGACCACACAACUUCAAGCUAACUACUCUUCUUCAGACAGCAGCCUGUACACUAACCCCAAGGGCAGCGCUGUAUCAGCAUUCGACGGUGGUUCUGACUCAAGCUCCGAGUCUGAGCCGGAGGAACAGCGUUCCCGAAAGAAGCACCGUGGGGAGGACAGCUAAAAAGCAGACCUGCUCCACAAAGUUCUCCUCUGAGGGGAGGGAGAGUCACAGCAAUGGCCUGUUUAGUAGUGCUUUUUUUCCCUGUACCUCAAACUCCCCAAACCCCUUGAUCGAUAUCCUCCAGUGAAUGACCAGAGAACACUCGAUUCCACGUGUACAGAAACCUCACAGGCUAAAAGAGCAAAGGACACUCAUUAGGGGAACAAGACUCGUGAUCGAAAACAUGGCUUGUUUUUUCUCUCCUCCCUCUCAACUCGGUUCGUCCAUCUUGUGUCUUGGCACACGCAACAACAAACGAUGAUUUAAACCCAAAAUGAGGCAGCUUUGCAACUUAAGGACUUGAUGCUUUUUUUUUUGUAGCCUUCUCUGCAAUCCCUCCAGGAGGAAUCCAAAAGGGGUGAAUAAGAUGUACAGCUCCUAGCACUGCUACAAUAUACUUUUUUUUUUUUUUGUUGAAUAUCUUAAAGCCUGCUUAGAACUUACCCUUAGCUGAAUUGUCCUGAGUGGUUUGCCUUUCUAAAUAUUUGUAACUUUUCCAUAGAGGAAUGUAAAAUUACUUUUAAAGCAUCUAUCAGUGUACCCGUUAGUCCUAUGGGAUGAUUGUCUAUGCUAUUGAUCGAUCCCUUAUUUAAAAAUAAAUAAUUAAACAUGCUUUAUGGGAAGGCUGCUGAGCUUGUGUUGUAUUUGUUGUUUUAGCCUGAUGUAGUAAAAGUUUACAGGUCGGAGAAAACUUUUUUUUUUAAAUGGGGUGAAAACGUGAUUAAAGCAUUUUAUUUUGCAUCUGUCACCCGAGCCUCCCAAAAUGUAUUUUAUGUAUAUCACUCCACAUUGGGAAUAUGAAAGUUCCAAAUGUCGUUUUCCCCACAACGCUAGUCAAUAUUGGAGUAGAUUCAUGUUGUGACUUUUAAAGUAAAUGUUCUAAAUGUGCAUUGAAAAUUUGACCGCAGCACGCCACAAAGAGUUGCAUUUUGAGUGUAUGGGAUGUGUGUGUGGAUAUCUUUUACCAUUAUUUUCCACUUAGGACAUUAGUAAAUCUGACUAGGUCUUUCUUUGUCUGAUUCCAUUCCAUGGAAAUUACAGGUAUGUUGUACAUACUGCCAACAGUUGUCUUGCAAGUUGAGGCCUACCUUUACAAUGAGAAUAUAAAUAAAACUAUU